CGGGAGCGGCACCGGGACUGGCACCGGCACCGGGACGGACACGGAGCCCGGCGGGCCCGGCCGCCGCGCCAUGCGAGCGGGCUGAGGGGCGGGCAGCGCCGGGGCACGGCACCGAGCGCCGGGGGCGCGCCUCCCGAAGCCCCUCUGCCAGGCGUCAGUGGGGACGACGCGAUCGACCUCUGGCAACCCUGCUGGGCCAGGAUGAGCCCCAGGUGCACCCUGCCUUCCCCCAGCAGCCGCACGUCCCUGUAGAUGAGCCCCGCGCCUACGCUCUUGCCAGCACGCCGCCACGAAUGCUUCACCCAGCCGCUCACCCACCCCACCAGAACCCAUUCAUGGUGGAUCUGCAUGACCAGGUGCACCAGGGACCUGUCCCUCUCUCCUACACGGUUACCACCGUAACGACGCAAGGCUUCCCCAUCCACGCUGGCCAGCACAUCCCUGGGUGCAGCACCCAGCAGCUCCCAGCAUGCUCAGUGAUGUUCAGCGGACAGCACUACCCGCUCUGCUGCCUCCCACCCCCGCUGAUUCAGGCAUGUGCCAUGCAACAACUUCCCGUCUCCUACCAGACAUUCCCCCCCAUCAUCUCCAGCGACCAUUACAUCCUGCACCCACCCCCACCGCCAGUGCCCCCCCACCAGCCGCCCCACAUGGCCCCCCUGGGGCAGUUCGUACCUCUCCAAGCCCAGCAUCCACGUAUGCCUCUGCAGAGGAUAGACAAUGACGUGGACCUGCGAGGGGAGCAGCACCCCAUCGCAGGCUUCACGUACCCUCCGUCUCACCACGCUCCCACGCUGUCGCCCUCCAUGCCGCUGCAUUACCUCCCCCACGACCCGCUGCACCAAGAACUGCCAUUUGGCGUGCCAUACCCCCACAUGAUGCCCCGGCGGCUGAACACCCAGCGGUACCGGCUGCAGCAGGCGCUGCCCCCACCGCCACCCCCUCCGCCGCCUCCUCCGUACUAUCCGAGCUUCCUGCCCUAUUUCCUUUCUAUGCUUCCUGUGUCGCCAACGGCCGUGGGCCCCACGAUCAGCUUAGACCUGGACGUGGAUGAUGUGGAGAUGGAGAAUUAUGAGGCACUGCUGAACUUGGCCGAGCGGCUGGGGGAGGCCAAGCCACGGGGACUCACCAAAGCAGACAUCGAGCACCUCCCGUCCUACCGCUUCAACCCCGAGAGCCACCAGUCUGAGCAGACCCUGUGCGUCGUGUGCUUCAGCGACUUCGAGGCCCGGCAGCUUCUCCGCGUCCUGCCCUGCAACCACGAGUUCCACGCCAAGUGUGUCGACAAAUGGUUAAAG